AUGAAGGGACUUCUCUUAAUAGUGAGUUUAGCCUUAGUGGGAUGUGAUAAAACCAGUUUAGAACCAGGGCUGAAUUCAAGAAAGACCUAUGAGUACAAUUAUGAGGGAACCGUGAGAAUUGGACAUGUUGAAAAGAAUAUGGUGGAAUCAGGCUUAAAAAUCUCCUGUUCGGUAGAAAUCAGCGGGAUUGCAGAUCACACCUUCCUUCUCAAGGUUAUCAAUCUGUCCGUUGAAGAAUUAAAUGGUAUCCCUGGAAAGAGUGGAUUUUAUUCCUCACCAAAGCUGACAGACAGAAUAUCUUCACAACUUACACAACCCAUUAAAUUUGAGUACAUUAGAGGACAAAUUAAGGACAUCUAUGCGGCACCAAAUGUCUCUGAGACAGUUGUGAACAUUGUGAGAGGAAUUCUCAAUUUUCUACAAGUCACAGUCAAGAACACUCAUGCUGUUUAUCAACUUGAAGAGCUUGGAAUCCAUGGCUUUUGCCAUACCAGCUACGUUAUUGAAAAGGACAAAAAAUCCAAGGAAAUCUAUAUCACUCGAUCAACAGACUUAAGAAAUUGUCAGGAAAAGGCAGAAAAGUAUAUUGGUCUAGCUAAUGCUCCAAAAUGUAAAAACUGUAAAGGCUCACAAGCAGAAGAAACUGUCACAUAUACCUACACCAUGAAACUAACUGACGAAGGUGCCUUGAUCACUGAAGCAAAUGUACAAGAAAUGCACCAAUUUACACCAUUCAAUGUAAAGGAAGGAACUUCUCUACUGGAGGCAACUAAAACAUUUGUGCUAGUAAAUGUGAAGGAUGCACAAGGGAAACCACCUAAAAUACUACUCCAGAACAAAGGAAAUCUGAAGUACAAGUUUGGAAGUGAAUUAAAUCAAAUACCACUAGUUUUAAUGAAAAUGGAAAACCCAGAGUUCAAGAUUGCAGAAUUAAUUCAGCGCUUGGUGCAGGCCAAUACACAGCAGAUAGAUGCUAAUUCAACCACUGAUAUCCUAAAGCUGUAUCAAGUCCUGCGUGGUUCAACAAUUGCAAACCUUGAGGCUGUAUGGAAAAAAUCUUCUGAUGACACAAACAAAAGGAGGUGGCUACUGGACUCCAUGACUGCAAUUUCAGAUACCAAGAUAAUAACAUUUGUUAAAAACAGAAUUAGGAAUAAAGAGAUUACACCAAAUGAAGCGGGACAAGCUUUGCUCGUAAUACUCAAUAAAAUCACACCUGAUUCUGAAGCAGUUGAACAGUCUCGGGAAUUUCUUGAAACCACAUUUAACAAGAACCAUUCUGUUCUCUGGAGAAUAACCAUGCUUGCAUAUGGAUCACUGAUCUACAGGUACUGCGUUAACUCUGAGCACUGUCCUGGAAACGCACUGCAGCCUCUUCAUGAUCUUGCUCUUGAUGCUCUCAGCAAUGGCAAUGAAGAAGACAUGAUUCUAAACUUGAAGGCAUUAGGGAAUGCAGGCCAAUAUGCCAGCAUGAAGAUCAUUAUGAAAUUCCUGCCAGGAUUUGCUUCUGGAGCUUCACAGCUUCCUACCAGAGUCCAGAGUAAUGCAGUACUGGCUUUGAGAAAAAUUGCCAUCAAAGAUCCCAAGAGUGUACAAGACAUUGUAACAAAAAUCUUUUUGGAUAAAAAUAUCCAUGCUGAAGUCAGAAUGUUUGCUUGCCUGGUCAUAUUUGAAGCAAAACCAUCUAUGGCUCUUGUUUCAACAAUAACUGGAUAUUUGUUGAAGGAAUCCAACCUACAAGUAGCCAGUUUCUGCUAUUCACAAAUUGAAGCACUUGCAAGAUCUGUUACUCCUGACAACCAAGAGCUGUCUAUUGCUUGCAGUGCAGCUGUGAAGAUUCUGAGGCCCAAGCUUGCUCAUCUAAGCUACCGUUACAGCAAAGCUUUUCAUUUUGAUUGGUUUCAUGGUAAGCACAAAUAUCCUACCUUGUCAGGUAUAGCAGCCGACCUCUAUAUGAUUAAUAAUGCUGCCAGUUCUCUACCAACGGCUGUUGUGUACCGAUUUAAAUCCUAUUUUAUUCAGAGAGUAAUACAACCCUUGGAGAUUGGUUUACGUGCUAAAGGAAUUCAGGAACUUUUCAACAAAAAUCCCCUGCCAAUCAAUGGCAGACCUGGCAGAAUUGAAAAAAUUUUACAAAUGUUGUCUGGAUGGAAGGCCAUACCAAAAGAAACUCCUCUUGUAUCUGGCUAUGUGAAGUUUUUUGGCCAAGAGGUAUUCUUUGCAGAUAUCAACAGAAAUAUGCUAUACAACAGCAUGCAGACCCUUAGCACAAUGGCAGGGAAACAAAAUAAUACAUUGAAAAUAAUUGAAGAUCUUCAAAAUGGCAUGGCACUUCAUUGGACCAAACCAUAUUUGAUAUUUGAAACACGCUAUAUACAAUCCACUAGCCUUGGUCUCCCAGCUGAAAUUAGCAAGUAUUACUCUUCUAUGAUGGGAGUAUUCAUUAAUGCCAAAGCUAAAUUUGAUCCAGUCCCUUCAAAUCACUUAGGCCAGCUAAUGAACUCAAACAUAGACCUACAAGCAGAUGGCAGCAUCAGCAUAAUCAAAGAUUUUAGUUGUUUUCAUGGAAUUAACACUGACAUUGUGCAGGCUGCUCUUCAAUUUGAUGGAAAAGCAAAUGUAGUCUUACCAUUUAAAGUGAAAAUCAAAAUGAAUAUAAAGGAAGGGAAGUUUCAGAUUGACAUGCCUCCAUGCCAAAGGGAAAAUGAAAUAAUGUCAGUCAGCUCUCAGGUGUUUGCUAUCUCAAGGAAUAGAGAGGACUCUGCUUCAAAAAAGACACCAGUUGUUGUGGUACCUGACACCAGGGAAUCUGAAAAGCACAACGCAUCCUCAAAUGAAGCAUCUAGGAAACCUAAAAAAAAAUUGGAAGAAAUUACCUCUACAAAUCUUCAACUGAAAUCGGGAGACAAAGUGUACUGGACAGAUUUCGCUCAGAUGUACAGAGAAGAAGCACACUUAAACAAUCAUCCAAUUCCACAAGGAGCAUCAGUUCUUCAUCUAGUUCUUCUGGUAGCAGUGAAUCAUACCAAAAAGGACAAUAUGCCCAUAAAAGCAGACAGUGGCACAGAAAGAAUCCCUCUGUGUCCAGCUCCUCCAGUUCAUCCACAUGGGAGCCAAGACAUGGUCGGAAAAGACCACAUUGGAGCAAAAGCAGAGUCCUGCGUACUGACAGAAACAGCACGGGGUCUUCAAGCUCCUCCUCACAGGAAUCAUGUGUCAAGAGUGUUUGGGAAGUCAUCACAGCCCACAGUUACUUUCCAGGCUGUCGUAGUAAGGAGUAAUGCCAAGCAAGAAGGCUAUGUAGCCACUGCUUGCAUCUCCCACACUACAACAAAAGACAAAAUGAAACUACUGAUUUCUGAUGUUAACAAAGAAAGCAAAUGGAAGAUGUCCACAGAUGCUGUGAUGGAUAUGGAUCCCUUGAGAACAAAGGUGCAAGUUAGAUGGGGAGAAGACCAUUGGAAAUACAAAUUUGCUGGUGAGGCUAGAUAUGUGGAAAAAUGUGGAUCUUAUCCUUCUGUAAAGGCCAAGUUACAGUGGGAGAAAGUGCCAAGAUUCAUGAAGACAUUUGGAGAAAAGGUACAUGAAUACCUGCCAGGUAUAGCCCUUCUCCUGCAGUGUUAUCAGAAACAACAGCGGAAUCCCUCGCAUCAAGUUUCUGUAACUCUCAUGCCUACAUCCUCCUCAGCAAUGUUUGAUGUUAUCCUGAAAACUCCUGGGUUAACUGUGUAUGGAUACACUAUUCCUCUCCCAUUUGAAAUUCCUACACACCGACGGUCCAAAGAAGAAAUUGACCUAAAACCUUCUGGGUGCACAGAUGUUGAUGAAAAUAAGGAUGAGUGCUCUGUUACUGGAAAUAACUUUAAAACCUUUAACAACAUCAAGUUUACCUCAUUGCUGCCAAAAGCUUGUUACCACGUUUUAGCCCAGGAUUGCACCGAUGACCUCAGAUUUCUGGUGCUGAUGAAACAAGAAACACCCAACAAGAAAGAAGUUAAUAUCAGAACACCUUUCGGAUCUCUAAAUAUCUACCAUACAGGUGCAGGGGAUCUUGUACUGACACUGAAUGACUCUCCAAUGCUGUUGUCAACCUUGCCAUUGAAAGACUCAUCAGGGACUUUACUUAUCAGCAAACAUGGAGAUGGUAUCUUAGUACAAGCACCAACACUUGGACUUGGAAGUUUAUAUUUUAGUGGAGAAUCAGUGAAGGUUGAGAUUGAGUCCUGGAUGAGAGGAAAAAUGUGUGGCAUGUGUGGAAAAGCUGAUGGAGAAAAAAAGACUGAAUUUAGAAUGCCCAGUUGGAACACAGCCAUGAAUCCAAGCAGUUUUGUUCAUUCCUGGAUUCUGCAAGGAGAAGUCUGUUCAGAUGUUUGUAAAUUGCAACAUCAGACUGUAAAGCUGGAGAAACAUGUCAGCUUGAUGGGAAGAGAAUCAAACUGCUACACAGUGGAGCCAGUGCUGAGGUGCAGACCAGGAUGUUCAGCAUCUGACACAGUCCACAUCUCGGUUCGAUUUCACUGUGUUCCCCUGGAUCACAACUUGAGCCAAACAGAGAUCGUGACCAAAUCUGAGCAAAUGGAAGGAAUGACUGAAGCCCACAUUGCCUGCAUCUGCAGUGGUACUGAAUGUUCUGAAGCCUAA